GUGCGGCUCAAACUCUGGCUUUCUCCUUGAAUUUUCGGAUAAAUCUGUCAUCUGGAAUGUUGUUUAAUGGAUUUUUUUAUCGGUUAUUGGCCGUCAGAGAUUCUCUGGCGGUGGCCUCCAGCGCUCGCCUGGCAUCCACACGACACUGCUGGGCGGGCUCCUGUGACCACGCCUAUCGGGAACGAACCCCACAAUGAUUGGAAAGACCCGUGCAUAUCUUGAGAUUAGUACAGGUACUUCGUACUUCUAAUGUUGAAGAAGUGAUGACAUUCCAAGAAAUCUAGUGGUAUAGACAAGGGAUAGUUAUACUGUAGU